AUGGUAUCAACAGUGCAAUGCGUGGUCGCCAAACUGCUGUCGCCGUUGUGGAGAAGGGCAGAGGAAGAAGACGACCCUGGACUGGACGUGAUCCAGCAGGUACGGGAUGGGGUGGUGACGAGGCUGUGCCAGGACUACGGGCUGAUAGAUGACAGCGUCUGCUUCACCGCCGCAGAGGUGGUGGGAGGGGUGCCGCUGCGCGUCGGGGACGAAGUGCAGGCCAUCGCCGUGCGGGGCGGCGCCCACGGAGGCUGGAGGGCGAUCAGGGUGAAGCCGAUCUGUGACAGCUGGGGAGAAGGUGGAGGCGUGUGCCAGGAGUCGACAACCAGCCAGCUCAAGCCUCUGAUUGGCACAGUGACGUCAUGUGACCAGGACGGAGGCUUCAUCAAUCGGACCACGUUUUUCCCCCGCCAGGCACUGUGUGAAGGUUUUGAGCCGAUGAAAGGGGACUGGGUCCAGGCUCAGUAUUUCAUCAGUCCCAACCAGUGGAGCAGCCAGGCCCACUCUGUGGCUCCGUUACGGUACCGCCGAAUGGACAACGUGCGCGUGUCCAGCGUGUUUGGCGGCAGCGGGGUGGUGGAGGACAGCGUGUUCUUCAGCCUGGAGUCCCUGCUGCUGCCCGCGCACUACCGGCCGUCCCCGGGGGACGUGGUCAGCGUGGUGGUGCUGGAGAGCAGCCAGUCCUUCUACUGCUGGAGGGCCCUGUGCAUGGCCCCCAAACAGCUCGGCGUGAGCUCACCCCAGUCCAGCCUGGAUGCGGAGAUGGAGAGUCUGCUGCAGAAUAAGGCCGGUCUGCUGGUCAGCGAUGAGGCUGUCUUUGGGACCCUGAUGCUGGGAGAGAGUCGGGAGCUGCUCAUCUGGAUAGAGAACCAGGGCUCUGAGGUCCAAACCCUGCAGUGCUGUGAGUUUGCAGGCUGGGGCUCGGAGGGCCAAUUCACCCUUGGCCCCGUCACCGAACCAGCGGCCCCUCCUGACACACACUCACAGCCCGGGGCAGGAAAGGGGGCUCCUUGUCGGGCUGCCGUACCCCAAAUCCUCUGUGGAGGAUUCUACUUCCCCUCAAGCCCCCACCUGACCUGUCUGCACCGGCACACUCUGGUGGGCUCCAUGGCCAGGUUCGGCCUCUACCCGUUACCCCUGCUUCUGGAGCCUGCUCCGGAGCUGAACACAAUCACGGAGGAAAGUGAUGAGGAAGAGGAGGCCACAGAGUCAGAGCUCCCCCUGCAGGCCUGUGCUGAAAAACCCGCAAUAAGAACAGAGGAGAAAAAUGUGCAGAUUUCCCCAGGAGAGAAGAUCUCCGUGACCGUGAGCUGCCGAGCCAAGAAUGUGGGGCGCUGUACUGAGCUUCUGUUGCUGCAUUUCCCCCAUUUCACCAUUGGGAGGCGCCUGGAGGUGACAGUGAGCAGUCAGGAAGAGAAGCUUCUGCAGCCUACUGCCCCCUACAGGCCAGCGGCUCCACUCCGCAAACAGCAGGGAGUCCAGCGGGUGGUCACUGUGAUGGCUCCGCCGCCGAUCCGGAUGAUGAAGCGCCACCUGCCGAAUUACCUGCCGAAUUACCCCGUGCCCCAGGCGCUGCGAGACUGUGUGGAGGGACAGGGAGACCUGCUCGUGGCUCAGCCGGAGCUGGGAGAGCCCUUGUCCCCUGCCUCCAUGCACGCCCGUUUCUCCGCCCUGCUCUGGCUGGAGGAGCUGCAGGCCGAGCAGGAGCUGCGGGAGUUCAGCCUCAUUGGCGCCCUCCUGAGGAAGAGCGCCGCCUACCUGCACCUGGAGGUGGCUGGGGUGGCCGAGGGCAGGCCCAGCGUCUUUAUAGGUGACAAAGUUCUGCUGAAGAAGCCGCUGGAUGGGGUGGUGAUGGAGUACAUCGCUUAUGUCACUGAGAUCAGUGAUGAGGAUCUGAGUCUCCGAGUGAACAGCGAUUUCCAGCACCGCUACCUGGGGGAGCCUCUGGAUGUGGAGUUCACCUUCAACAGGCUGACCAUGCGCCGAUGCCACUGUGCCCUGGCCCAGACCAAGCACUUUGCAGAGAGGGUGCUGUUCCCCUCCAGCGUGGAGCUGCAGACGCCGCUGUGGACGGGAGAGUGGGGGCCGGCCCCUGCGGACACCGCUGGGAAGGAAGAGGGAGAGACCCCGGAGGGGGUGGGGGGGGAGGGCUCUCCCUGCAAAAAUGGCAAAAAUGGACUGAACCUGUUCAUCGACAUGGUGUCCGUGGCAACCCAGACCAAACCAGACUCUGGUGUGGAGUGCAGGCCGAUCCCAAAGCCAGGGCAGUUCUUCAACCCCUACCUGAACCCCGCCCAAGUGGAGGCCGUCAAGCGCAUCCUGGCGGCUGAGUGCCGCCCCACCCCCUACAUCCUGUUUGGACCCCCAGGCACGGGCAAAACCAUCACGCUCAUUGAGGCCAUUCUGCAGGUCUAUCACCGUGUGCCCAGUAGCCGCCUGCUGGUGUGCACUCCCUCCAACAGCGCCUCAGACCUCAUCUGCCUGCGGCUCCAUUACAGCGGGUUCCUGCGCUGUGCCAGCCUGGUGCGCAUCAAUGCCACCUGCAGGCAGCUAGAGUCAGUCCCGGAGGUGCUGUGGCCGUACUGCCGGGCGGGAGAGGAUCUUCGAAACGCCUCCUUCCACAGGAUAGUGGUCAGCACCUGCUCCAGCGCCGGCAUGUUCUACCAGAUCGGCCUGCGCGUGGGCCACUUCACACACGUGUUUAUCGAUGAGGCCGGUCAGGCCACCGAGCCAGAGACCCUGAUCCCCCUGGGGCUGCUGUCAGAGAAAGACGGCCAGAUAGUUCUGUCCGGAGACCCCCAACAGCUGGGGCCGGUGGUGAAGUCUCGGCUGGCCUCUGCGUUCGGCCUGGGGGUGUCUCUGCUGGAGCGUCUGAUGGCCACACCCCUCUACUCACGAGACGAGAGGGGCUACAACCCCUUACUGGUGACCAAGCUGGUGUAUAACUACCGCUCCCAUGAGGCCCUGCUGGCCCUGCCCUCCCGCCUCUUCUACGCUGGGGAGCUGUGUGUGCGGGCCCAGCGUGCCGUGGUGGACGCCCUCUGCCACUGGAACCGCCUGCCCACCAAGGGCUUCCCGCUCAUCUUCCACGGGGUCCGGGGCACUGAGAUGAGGGAGGGCAACAACCCCUCCUGGUUCAACCCGAGCGAGGCCAUCCAGGUCAUGCUGUACUGCUGCCAGCUGGCCAAGAGGCUCUACAAUCCCAUCGCUGCCACGGAUAUCGGGAUCAUCGCCCCCUACAGGAAGCAGGUGGAGAAGAUGCGUAUCCUGCUGCACAGGGUGGGGCUGAUGGACAUCAAAGUGGGCUCCGUGGAGGAGUUCCAGGGCCAGGAGUUCCUGAUCAUCCUCCUAUCCACGGUGCGGUCCAAUGAGCUUGCAGUGGGGGAGAAUGGACAGUGCGCCUUGGGCUUCCUCUCCAACCCCAAGCGCUUCAACGUGGCCAUCACACGCCCCAAGGCGCUGCUCAUCGUCGUGGGCAACCCGCACGUCCUCGUCAAGGACCCCUGCUUCAAUGCCCUGCUGCAGUACUCCAUGGAAAACGGUGCCUUCCUGGGCUGUGACCCUCCUGCCUCACUCCAGACAUGCAGGAGAGUGGAUGAGAGGGGGGACUCCAAAUAAAGGGGAACCACCAGCAGCUGUCACCAGC